AUGUAUCCGUCCCCGUCUGAUUCUGUGCCUGGUGUCUGGUUUCCGCCCACGACCAGCCAUAACCUCCCUACCCCCAACACACCAGGCAAACUGGCGGGCUCAACCAUCGAGGUGGGCGACGGCGGCAAGAUCAUCUGCGAAGAGACUUGCCACAAGGAGAAGCCGUCGCGCACGCACCCACCCCGUCUCCACCCUCACCGAUCGUGCCCGGACUUUGGCGACGAAGCUCUCCACAUGUCCACCCGCGUCUACGUCGAGACCCUCCCCGGGGCGGCACCCACUCAAAUCCGCCCUCAAAAGGCCGAGGCCGAGCUCGCCGCCCUCCGCGCCGCCGGCGACGACAAGUUCACCUGCCGCCUCCGCCAGCUCACCGAGGAAAACGCCGCCCUGCGCCAGAACCUCGAGGCCGCCCUCGGCCAGGCCGAGAAACGCGGCCGCGAGAACGCCAAGCUGCGCGACGACGUCGUCCGCCUCGAGCGCGACAAUGAUUGCCUCCGCGUCCGCGUGCGCCAGCUCCUCAAGGACCACCGCCACCUCGAGCCCAUCGCGUACCUUCGCCGCCUCGUCCGCGACUGGAAGCACAGGUUCGAGUGCGCCGACCGCGCCCUCGAGGAGCGUAGGCUCACGAUCGACGAGCAGAGCGAUAAGAUUGCUGAGCUGCGUGAUAGGCUGGCCGUUUAUGAGCGGCUUUUGCGACGGCAUAAUAUUGUCAUCUGCUAA